AUGGAACCUGUAAAAUUGACACCUGCCUGGGAAGACAAUAAUUUAUCAGAUGAUGAAUUAAAUUUCAAGAAUUUAUCAAUGGAACAAGCUAAUUUAGAAAUGAAUCCACCAGAGGAUAAAUUCUAUUUAGUUUAUUUUACUUUGUUACUACACGGCAUUGGAACUUUAUUGCCCUGGAAUAUGUUCAUUACUGCCAGAGCAGUGAUAUUUUGUAGAUACAAACUAUCAGAGCAAUAUACUGGAGUUAGUUCAGAUUAUGGUACAUAUUUUUUGUCUUAUGUGGGUUUCGCAGCUCAAAUCCCUAAUCUAACUUUUAGUUGGCUCAAUAUAAUCGUACCACUCGGGGGAAAUUUAACAAUUCGAAUUAUGUGGUCUAUAUUGAUUGAAGUAGUUAUGUUUGUAAUCACAGUCAUUUUGGCUAUGGUCGAUUCAAGCAAGUGGCCUGAUGUUUUUUUUUGGACAACCAUUUUUACUGUUGUUAUAGUAAACAUGGCAAAUGGUAUUUAUCAAAAUACUAUUUACGGUAUUGCAGCACGGCUACCAAUCAAAUAUUCUGGAGCCAUAGUUUUGGGUGCUAAUAUUAGUGGUACUUUUGUUGCUAUUAUCGAUCUUUUGGCUAUUGUUUUAGCACCGAGUACAAAAACAGCUGCCGUUUACUAUUUUAUUACUGCUUUGUUUGUGCUUUUGGCGUGCUUUGAUACAUUUUUUGCAUUACCUUUAAAUAGAUUUUAUAGGUAUCAUGAAUAUUUAAAAAAAAAGUCUGAGCUAAUAAAUAAAAGAAGGAAUCAGGGGAAGACAAAAAUUCCUUAUUGGUACGUUUUUAAAAAGGCAUUUCCUCAACUGUUCAAUGUUUUUUUUGUAUUUUUUGUCACAUUAUCUAUAUUUCCAGCUACUCAUGCAGCUAUUAAAAAGUCUGAUCCAGAUUUUUUUGUACAAGAUAAAUAUUAUGAAAGUGUUAUGUGUUUUUUAACAUUUAAUGUAACUGCCAUGGCUGGAAGUUUACUAAGUGGUUGGGUAAGAUGGCCUCGUCCUAAAUAUUUGGUCAUACCAGUAGCUUUACGUGCUUUAUUCAUACCAUUUUUCUUAUUUUGUAACUUUCAACCUUCGGAAUCCUCGAGGGUAUUGCCCGUUCUCAUUAACAACGAUUGGGCUUUUUGGUUUGCCGGACUUACAAUGGGUUUCACAUCGGGAUAUUUCAGCUCUUUGGGAGUCAUGUACACUUCUGGGACUGUCGAACCGGCUCUUGCACCCACGGCUGGAAUGUUUGUCGGAGCAAUGUUAUUGACUGGAAUAUUUUGCGGUAUACUUUUCUCCAUGGUGUUACCCUGGCUCGCGCAAAAUGUUAGCAUGUAG